UUUUUCCAUUUAAUAAUCAUUGUACAAUGUUUAUCAUUAAAAUCUUGAUAUUUAUAUUGUUUUUAUCUUCAUUUGAUUCAUUUAUAAUGAUCAAUGCACAACGUAAUCCAACAAUAUCAUUUAUAAGUAAAGAUAAAGUAGUGAAUAUUGGUGAUAAUCUUGAGCUGAAAUGUCAGGCACAAGAUGCUGAAAGUUAUCCGGUUGCAUGGACAAAAUUAAGUCCAUCCGCUGAUCAAGAACAAGUAUUCAUAUCGAAAGGACAAUCAAUCAUUAUACCAAGUAAUCGUCAUCAAAUUCUUUAUGAUGAUCGUGAUUCAACAUAUACAUUAAUAAUUGAAAAAAUUCAAGAAAUUGAUGUUGGUAUUUAUCGUUGUGAAAUAACAACAGCAGUUAAUACAAAAAUAUGGGCCGAUGUACCGGUUAUUGUACGUAUACCACCUGUUAUAGCGGAUAAUUCUACACGUUCGGUUAUAACAGCUGUUGGUGAACGUGUUACAUUAAAAUGUUAUGCAUCCGGAUAUCCAACACCAAUGAUUAGUUGGCGUCGAGAAAAGAAUCGUUUAUUACCAAAUCAGAUGGCUUUUUACAAAGGCAAUAAUCUUACUAUCGAACAUGUUACCAAAGAUGAUCGUGGAACAUAUUAUUGUGUUGCAGAUAAUGGUGUUGGACAAGGUGCACGUAGAAAUAUUGGUGUCGAAGUAGAAUUUCCACCAUUUGUACGAGCAGGAAGAUCAUUAGUUAAACAAGCAUUACAAUAUGAUGCUGAUCUUCAUUGUCAUAUUGAAGCAUUUCCUUCACCAUCCAUUCAAUGGUAUAAAGAUGGUCAAAUAAUUAAUGAUAAUCAACAUUAUCAGAUUAAUACAUUUGUACGUACUGAUGAAUUUAUUGAUACAACUUUACGUGUACGAAGAAUUGAAAAACGUCAAUUUGGUAUCUAUAUUUGUCAAGCAAAUAAUAAAUUAGGUACAAAUCAAACAAUGAUUGAACUUUCUGAAUCGGUUAAUAUUGUUUGUCCACCGGCUUGUGAUGUUGGUUUUUAUCUAAGUGAUGCUACGGCAACCAAACAUUAUUAUCAUUAUGGAUUUUUAUCAAUUUUCAUUAUUAUGGCUAUCAUGAUUUCAAGAUGACCGGUAUAUAUUUGAAGAAAAAACUUUG